AUGGCAUCCAAAAAACAAAGGUUAACAAUAAAAAAUGUGUCUUUCUUCUCUUUUCAGUAUUGCAGAUCAAUGAGAGAUCAAAUUUUGGACAGUUUUUGUCAUCGUGACUUUAGUAUAAUUGUCGUUGGCAAUAAAUAUGAUAAAAUAAAUGAAACGCAGGCAAAUUCACAGGAACUUAAAGAUAUUUCAACCUUAGUACGGAAACAUUGGCGCUGUGGCUAUGUGGAAUGUUCCGCACAAUAUAACUACAAAAUCGGUGAUGUAUUUCGUGAACUAAUGGGUUGUACCAGUACGGGGGGCAGUGCCAUUGGCACAGAUUUCACACAAUCAAAUAGAAAUAAAGGACGUUGUACAAUACUCUAGCAAUGGCUGCAUAAGUUUUUUUAGUAACACAAUACAACAACAUCUACAGCAACAAUAUUUUGAGGUAAUCAACAA